AUGUACACCACAGCGCCGAUAUGUAACGCACCGCUGGACUUGUUCUUCGUUCUGGACGGAUCCGGUAGCGUAACUUACGCCAACUUCGAUAAGGUGAAAGAGUUUACUGAGAACGUGGUGAACGCUUUCGACAUCAGCGCGAGCUCCACCAGGGUCGGUGUAGUGCAGUACUCUACCUCCAACACCUUGGAAUUCAACCUUGGUGACCAUUCUGACAAGCCAUCUACCCUGGCCGCUAUUGACAGCAUCUCGUACCAGGGUGGCGGCACAAGGACCGGGUCCGCUCUGGAGUUCGCCCGUCUGAACGCAGCAUGGAGAGGCGGAAGUGUUCCAAAAGUGAUGAUUGUCGUGACUGACGGUAAGUCAGGUGAUUCUGUGGCGUCGUCUGCUAAUGACCUGGCCUCCCAAGGGGUGGAUGUCUACGCCAUCGGCGUGGGCAACUACGAUGCCACACAACUUCUGGAAAUCGCUGCCGGCAACCAGAACAACGUAAUUGAGUUGACCGACUUCAACGCACUGAGCGCAGAGAUCAAUCAGAUUGCCCAGACUGUCUGUGCAGCUGCCCAGACUAACCCGUGCCAGAGCAAUCCAUGCCAGAACGGUGGCCAGUGCGUCAGCAUCAAUAAUGGCCAGGCUUACCAGUGCAGCUGUCCUACGGGAUUCGUGGGCGCCAACUGCCAAACAGGUUUUAGUUGA